CGGCUGUGUGUGGUUUCCGCUGCAUGCUCGCUGUAUCCUCGGUGAAGCUCUCGCUCCGCCGACAUCUCCGCGGCUCCGCACGUCCCUCCUGCGCCAUGUCGUCUCUUCUGAAGGUCGACCGCGACCUGAAGACCAGGGUGGAAACCUUCCGGGAGCAGAUCAGCAGUGAGGCCGAGCACCUGGUGGCCAGCUUCUUCCCCAAGAAGCUCCUGGAGUUGGAUCAGUUUCUCAAGGAGCCCAUCCUGAACGUGAGCGACCUGAAAGACAUCCACUCCGAGAUUAAGUUCAAAGUCCCGGAGCCCGUCCUCUUCACCAACAGCCAUGAGGGCGGAGACGUGAACACCAAGAAGAGGAAACUAGAAGACGGACUCACGGACGACAGCUGGCCAGGGGGAACCAAAGCCCCGGUGGUGCCAGAGGGCAUGUUGAAGUGCAACGCCAAGCUGGUCGCCCUGAUAGAGCGCGUGAAGCCCGAGAUCAGGACGCUGAUCGAGAAGUGUAACACGGUGAAGAUGUGGGUCCAGCUGCUCAUCCCCAGGAUAGAAGAUGGGAAUAACUUUGGCGUGUCCAUCCAGGAGGAGACGGUGGCCGAGCUGCGGACCGUGGAGUCCGAGGCCGCGUCCUACCUGGACCAGAUCUCCAGAUACUACAUCACCAGAGCCAAGCUGGUCUCCAAGAUCGCUGGCCCUCACGUGGAGGACUACAGGAGGACCAUCACGGAGAUCGACGAGAAGGAGUACAUCAGCCUGAAGAUCAUCGUGUCGGAGCUCCGCAACCAAUACGUCAUCCUUCAUGACAUGAUCCUGAAGAACAUUGAGAAGAUCAAGAAACCCAGAAACAGCAACGCAGAAGCUCUGUACUGAACACACACACAGGCGCACACACACACACACACACACACAUGAGCUCAUUCAAACCGUUUCUUCUAGCUGAUGGUUUUGUGGUUUUCUGCCUGGAGACGGUUCCUGAACGUCCAAUGAGAAGCUUCCUGCUGCCGCCGAUACUCAGUCAUAAAAAGUUUAAAUGUGGUGAAACCGUCGUGACACACAUACACACACACACAUACACACACACACACAGCUGUUGGGGAACCGCCUCAUCCUUGUUCCUGUCCUCUGCCGUCAUCGACUCUGGAACCUUUUCUUACAAAAUGAUCCUGACCCCCCCCCCUGUAGUCCUGUCGUUUUCCUGACUCACACACAUGUGACUACAGUUUAUAAAGACCUGGUGGAGGAUCCCUGCUUCUUUAUUUCUGCCCCCGCUGUGCUUUCUUUGUGCUCGUAGCAUCGGAGACGUUAGAAGACACUUUGCAAGAACAAAUAAAUCCGCCCUGCAGGUCCAGACCCACUGAGACUGGUCCGCGCUGCAGGUCCAGACCCAGUGGACCCGGGAUCCGGCUCCUGCAGGUCCAUAACGGGUAGCACUGAUGUGCCUCUUGAGUCUCCUGUGAGCGUUGUGAACUGGAUCCAGAGAGUCCGGUUCCACGUGAACACUUCAAUGUGUUGGUGUCGAUGACCUCAUGGCGAUACGGAGGAUGGCUCGGGGACGCUGGGGACCGUCUUUGAAUACAUGUCAUUGCGUUUGAAGCUUUAAGCCAACAAAGGGAUGAAGGACCAAACGGGGAAUGUUACUCAGUCAAAGUUCAAGUGGCUCUAAAAGCUUUUGAAUGAAUUGGAAUGCAGCCCACGGCCCCCUGUUGUAAAGCUGAUUUCUUUGAGGAACAUGGUGUGGUGCGUUCACUGUCCAGCCCGUGUUCUGUUCAUCAGAGUGUCUCCUCUGAGCUGAAGAAGCAGACGCAAAUAAAACUUUGACCAAA